AUGCAAAUCUGUCAUAAAUCAAAUAUCUUUCGCAAGUUAACGGAGAAACUUUUCUGCCAUUUUAACUCCCGAGUUUGUGAGUACGCAUUCUCGAAUUUGCCAGAUCUUGAACGACUCAAUCUAUCGCGUUGCCCAAAACUUCAUCAUAUCGAUGAGAACGCAUUCGAUUCACUUCUCAACUUAAAAUCACUUGAUCUCAGUGUGUGCGAAAUUCGUCGUUUGUCACCAGUCCUUAUUGAUUGGUCGAGGUUACAAUCGCUUGAUCUGAGCGGUAAUCCAUGGCACUGUGACUGUGAACAACUUUCAUUCUUACCCGAGGUGGCUCGGUUCCUGAAUUUGACUGAUUUGGUGUGUGCUACACCAGAGGAAUAUGCGCUGAAGCUGAUUGUUGAAUUGCCCUCAUCAUGUUCAUCUAUGAGUGGAAUACACAUGGUUUUGGUGAUUGUUGCUGGCGCACUUACCCUAAUCUCCGUAUUAUCAUUUGCCUUAUUCUACCACCGAAAUCGUCUGCAUUUCGAUUGUUGCACCCGAAACGACGACCAUUCAUCAGCACCUCUCUAUGCCCAUUCGUUGUUGAUCAGCUCGGCGAAUGCAUACGAUAAAUCCGAUCUGCUAUCGAAUACAACCUUCUAUUCGAGUUCAACCAACCAAAACAGUACCAGCACAAACAGCAGUAACCGUAGUUCACCACCAGCCUAUACGGCCACUAGGAACGUGGAUAUUGAGGCGGAUAUUGCUGAUGACAAUGAGAAUGGCGAUGACUACUAUAGC